AUGAAGGUAAUCGUAACUCGAGCGGAAGAGUGGGGACGACGGGAUGGACUACUAUGUUCUUCCAGCCAAGAAAUUUCUGCAUUGUCGUGAUGGGUAAAAUAGGCAGUGGAGCUUGUGGCUACAAUAGCUACUGUCAAAUGGAUGGUAAUCAGAAUCCCAUCUGCAAGUGCCCUCAAGGAUAUGUGUUCAUGGAUCCGCUCGACGAGUACAAAGGAUGCAUCCAGGACUUCGCGCCACAGGACUGCCGAUUAAACGAGAGCGACAAGUUCGAUCUCGUGGCGAUGCCCAACAUGGAUUACGUUGAUGCAGAGUACACAGCGCUGGAGUCUUACUCCGAGGCUAUGUGCCGACAGGCUUGUUUGAGUGAUUGUCGUUGUGAUGCUGCAAUCUACGGCAGAGGAUAUUGCUGGAAGAAGAGGAUGCCUCUGUCCAAUGGAAGAGUGGGCGCCAGCAUUGAAGUCAAGGCGCUGAUCAAAGUGAGGGUAUCCAAUUCCACUUUGCCUCUUGGACAAUGUCCAGCUCCCAAGAGGAAGAGAGACCAUUGGGCUCUGAUCAUCUCUGUGUUGGUGCUCUUGUGUAGUUCAGCAUUGGCCAAUCUUCUCUUGGCAACGGCAAUGUUUAUUCUAAGGAAGAGGAGGAACGAUGAAAGAAUCGGUUCAGAUCGAGAAGCUGAUAGCUUAACUACCAAUCUACAGAAGUUCUCGUAUGGUCAGCUGGAUUACGCGACGGGAGGGUUCAAGGAAGUACUUGGGAGUGGUGCUUCUGGAACGGUUUACAAAGGGGUUCUCGGCCGUAAUCAGCAGCUGGUGGCAGUGAAGAUGCUGGACAAGAUGGUGAGCAAAACCCAGGAGCAGGAAUUCACAACGGAAGUGAAGGUGAUCGGCGGGACUAACCACAAGAACUUGGUCAAACUCGUGGGGUUCUGCAACGAAGGGAAGCACCGGCUCCUGGUGUACGAGUACAUGAGCAACGGGUCGUUGGCUGAUCUGUUGUUCGACCGGGAUCGUUCGAGGCCUAGUUGGGACACGAGGACGGAGAUCGCUUACGCCGUCGCCAAGGGUCUGGUUUACCUUCACGAGGAGUGCAGCACCCACAUCAUUCAUUGCGACAUCAAGCCACAGAACAUUCUGCUGGACGAGUCGAUGACGGCUAAGAUCUCUGAUUUCGGGCUCGCGAAGCUGCUGAAGGCGAACCAGACUCGGACCAUGACGGGGAUUCGAGGAACAAGAGGUUAUGUGGCUCCGGAGUGGUUCAAGAGCAUGCCGAUCACAUCCAAGGUCGAUGUCCACAGCUUCGGGAUCGUGCUGCUGGAGCUGGUCAGCUGCAGGAAGAACUUGGACAUGGAGGCGUUGAACGAAGAGGAGAUAAUACUCGCGGACUGGGCAGUCGACUGUUUCAGUGACGGGAAAUUGGGGAAGCUGGUGAAAGGCGAUGAGGAGGCCAUGGCUGACAUGGAGAGGGUGGAGAGAUUUCUGAAGGUUGCCAUCUGGUGCUUGCAGGAGGAUCCCACGCGGAGGCCUGAAAUGAAGAAGGUCGCUCAGAUGCUGGAAGGAUCCAUUCACGUCCCUACUCCUCCGGAUCCUGAAUCCUACCUAGGCACCAUUUGA